AUGGCUACAUCUGAAUGCAAGCAUAAGGAGAUGAUCUGUUUCAAUCGCGGUGAAGAGGGACACAUUGGUAAUCAGUGUCAAAAACCAAAGAAGGCACAAGUUGGUGGAAAGCUGUUCGCUUUAGCUGGAACUCAGACAGCUAAUGAUGGCAGCAUUGCCGGAGAAAGAGUGAAUUGGGGUGUUACAUUAGUGGUAACAGAGCAGUGCUUAGUUGAGAUGGCUGGUAGAAACAAUGCCGCGAUUGCUGCUGCUUUGGAGGCUAUGGCGCAGGCUUUGGCAAAUCAGCCAAAUGCUGAUGAGAAUGCAGGAUCUCGCAAGACUCAUCAGAGAUUGGAAGUUGCUGGUGAAGAGGUCACUUGGAUUGUUUUCCGCAGAGAGUUUCUGAGGAAGUAUUAUCCGGAAGAUGUUCGGGGUAAGAAGGAGAUUGAGUUCCUUGAGCUGAAACAGUGUAAUAUGUCAGUGACAGAGUAUGCUGCAAAGUUCACUGAGUUGGCCAAGUUCUACCCGUAUUAUGAGGGAGCAGGUGCUGAGUUUUCAAAGUGCAUCAAGUUUGAGAACGGAUUGCGCUCUGAGAUCAAGAAAGUUGUUGGGUAUCAGAAGAUUCGUAUCUUUCCUAAUCUGGUUGAUAGUUGCAGGAUUUAUGAAGAAGAUCAUAAUGCACAUUACAAACUUGUCAAGGAUAGGAGAGGUAAGCAGAACCGUAGCACACCUUAUGAUGCUCUAGUUGGAAAGGGAAAAGCAGAAGUGGCUAAUGGCAAGAAAACUAGUGGAGGAGGAGCUCCUGCUAGCGUGUUCUGUUUCAAAUGUGGAGAACCUGGUCACAAGAGUGAUGUGUGUACUGCUGUGGAGAAAAGAUGUUUCCGUUGUGGUAAGACCGGACAUGCAAUAUCUGAUUGCAAGCAUAAGGAGAUGAUUUGUUUCAAUUGCGGUGAAGAGGGACACAUUGGUAAUCAGUGUCAAAAACCAAAGAAGGCAGAAGUUGGUGGAAAGGUGUUCGCUUUAGCUGGAACUCAGACAGCUAAUGAUGGCAGCAUUGCCGGAGAAAGUGUGUGCUUAGUUGAGAUGGCUGGUAGAAACGAUGCCGCGAUUGCUGCUGCUUUGGAGGCUAUGGCGCAGGCUUUGGCAAAUCAGCCAAAUGCUGAUGAGAAUGCAGGAUCUCGCAGUUUAGCAACCUUCUAG